AAGGAUACGUGAAGUGACUGAACCGUUGGUUGAACCGUUUCAUUGUUCGGUGAAGUGCAACAGUAAAGGACUCUGAUAAUUCAUUGAUCACUCCGGACCGGACCGGUGUGAGAUUGUUUAUUUACGCAAUAAAUCCAACCACGGGAUUCGGGAGGCACGAUGAAGGAAACGAACGGCGUGAGCGGCGUUAAUCACGCGGACGAACUGCAAAUGGCGCUGCUGAGCGGUCAGCAUCCGCAGCCAGCCAUCGAAGGCGUUACCAAGGCGAUGCUGCUCGGUGGCGAGUCCUCGCCCGAUGAUCCGCAGCCACCGGGCAAACCGGAUGGCAACCAAAUCCAGGCCCUGCUGGAGCGUCACGAAGGGGCACCACAGGGUGUACCGAGCGCCGUAGGCCGCCCGAUGCGAUCUUUUUCACCGAUUAGCGGUGUGUCGAAGCUGCUGAAGAACCUGUAUCUGUGUGGCGGAAGUGCCGCGUCGGUGGCCAUGAUGAAGCAGCUGGGCGUAACGUUCGUGAUCAACGUGACGAUGCCCACCGAGCUGACGGAUACGCCGUUGCCGGCGGCCGACACCCGAUACCUUCGGCUUCCGGUGAAGGAUAACCGUGAGGCGAACCUGGAGCGCUACUUCCACGAGGUAGCCGACAUGAUCGAAGAGGAAUCGAACGCGAAUGGAGUCACGCUGGUUCACUGCGUUGCCGGUAUUAGCCGGUCGGCCACGCUCUGCCUGGCGUACCUGAUGAAGCACCACCGGAUGUCGCUAAAGGACGCGUACAACCACAUCAAAGCCAAGCGACCGCAGAUCCGGCCGAACGUGUCGUUCGUCAAGCAGCUGAUGGAGUUCGAGCAGCUGCUCGUCCCUGAAGGCAGCCAGUCCGUCGCCCUCGUCUACUGCCACGCGCUCGGCGAGGAGCUUCCCGACAUCUACGAGCCCGAGUUCCGCACGAUGGAGCUGCUGUACCAGAAGUUUCGGCGAAACAUUGCUCGGCGCUAGAGUGCCCCCAUCGGGAGCUCAAAUCGACUUAUUCCACUUAUUCCCGUCUAUUCUCUAGCAGACGUAGAUCGUAAGGUGAUCGCAUUGGUUUUACAAUAACGCGCAACGGGGAGCGGUCCCUCUACCACUGGGGACACUCACCCGGCGCAACUCUACUGAUUUAUGAUAGUAUUCUCUAAUCCUACUUACCCCUAAGACGGUAUGCUACUCCAAAUUACUCGCUCGUGGGUUGCGACCCACCAGUUUAGUCAGUUAAGCGCAACGCAACAAGAGACAGGUCAGGCAGGAGUGUGUUUGUGUGUUUGUGUGGUGUAACACGAAUCUAACAGACAGGUUUUAGCGGGGGAAGUGGUCACGGCACCCCCACAAUCGCACGGUAGUUUCGCACCAGGGAAGCGUCCAAAGGCCAAAGAAACAGUCCCACUGAUCCGGACCCAGUGUAAACGUUGCUGUGAUUGGUGAAGGUUUAAAUGAUAAGGAGGGACUUUUCCCACCCCCUGCACCCCGACAGGGAAGGACACUUGCUGGAGAGCUGGCACCGACGGCAGGAGCUUUAGGUUUAAGUCUUACCGUAGCCUUAGCUUAGCGCGUUUACCCGCAGGACGACUUGUCACACAAAGCAAAGUAUAAAUAUAAUAUUCAACAUUCAC